AGUGUUUAAACAUAAUAUUAAUAAUUUAGAAAAAUAUGACGUCGGUCUUACAAAGUUUGCGGAAUUCUAAAUACAUUAAAACGUUGAGAGUUGGAGGGCUUGGGGCUCUUAAACUUAUUUUUCUUCUUGGAUUUCUUUAUUUUUUUAUUUGUUCCCUCUCCUUCCUCUCAGAUUCAUUUAGAGUCCUCGGAGGCAAAAAUAUCGGAGGAUUGUUCACGAAAUCUGAACUACUGCAGAACCCAAUCGUAGGUGUUAUGAUUGGAGUCCUAGUGACUGUUCUUGUUCAAUCCUCAUCCACCUCCACCUCCAUCAUUGUUGGUUUAGUAUCCGCAGGCGCUGCUCCUGUCAGCACUGCUAUACCUAUGAUUAUGGGCUCAAAUAUUGGAACUUCAGUUACAAACACAAUUGUGUCUUUUUCCCAGGACGGUUAUUUGAGAAUGUGA